AUACAUAACAAGUAUAAAGUCUUAUAUAGCCACAAAUUGGGAAUCACAUAGUUAAAAAAUUUAAAAAUACGAGAAAUUUCCACUGAUCUCCACCAAAAUUUCCUGACAAAUUUGAUAGUAUUUUUGUUCAUAAAUUCAUUUCCUGCGCAAGAGCCUCCGGAAUAUCCACAUGAAACCCAAAAGAAUGAAGAUUUCUAUCUUGUUGCCCUUUUCCCGUCGCACAGUAUUUUUUUUAUCUGUUGUACUUGGUAUCUCCGACACAAUGAGAGGACUUGACACAGCAAUUGAUCUGCGUUAAUAAUUCCAGAUGCACUGAAUGCAAGUGCAGUCGAACAGACAAUUGCUGCGUGUAAAGCCAAACUUGAGGGAUUUAAAAAAAAUAAAAAUAUUCUUCACGCAGAUAUGAAUCGGAUGUCACAUCCGGAAGUCGAGCAGCUGAUAACCCUGUGCUCCACUCGAAAUUACCCCCAGAGUCUGGAAAGAUCUCUGACAGAGAACAUUAAAUUUUCAGUCUUCUCUCAAAUUUUCAAAUAAAAAAGUCUGAUUUAUCAAGUAAAAAAAUCCUUUAAGAGGAAAAAUGUGUGAAAAGUUGUGAUUAACUUUUCAAUGAAAUUUUCCAGUGAAAAAUUCGUUUUUCAAGUAAAAAAAAAAACAAUCUUUCAACAGCAAAAAUGAGUGAAAAGUGAUUAAUGAGGGACAUGAUGAUGAAUUCGUGUUGUUGAGUCUGAAUUGUCUUCGAACAUCGGUAGAAAAAUAUAAAUUGAGAAAGAUGGUGAACAUAAAUAUACAAAGUGAUAGAGCCAACAGGAAUGUCCUUCUCACGAAGGACCGAACAAGCAAUUCCUGAUGUAAAUAACAAAGUACAAUGAACUGCCAUUAAACUGAGAUUAAAAUAAUUCCAAUAAAAGUGUUCGUUUGUGUUCAACGUUAACCAGAAGUGUUCAAAGAAAAAGCGUUUAUAUGAUUUUAUUAAAAGACUUCCGUCCUGUACGAUGACGCUCGCCGUCGACUGUGUUAAUUUUGCGCUUUUACUCAUAUGCUCACGUGUUUUUCAUUUUGCCUUAGGGCUCAGUGCUCAAUAUUACAAGGCACAACUCGAUGCCCAUUUGAAGCUUCACAAUGAGAAAUGGUCAUCGGAGGACGUCAGAAAGUGCAAACUCUGCAACAAGCAAUUCACUCAACCCGCUCUUUAUCGUCUCCACAUCCGAGAGCACUACAGGCUGCAGACGAAGAUUAUGAAGCAAACUAAGCGCGGUACUACUCAGAAGACGAUUUACAAGUGUAAAAUAUGUAUGAAAGUUUUUCAAAAGCCAUCACAAUUGAUGAGACACAUUCGAGUUCACACUGGAGAAAAACCAUACAAGUGCACCGUCUGCAGUCGAGCCUUCUCGCAGAAGAGCUCCCUCCAAAUUCACAUGUGGCGUCACGUGGGUGUACGUCCAUAUACCUGUCCCCACUGCAAUGCUAAAUUUUCACAAAAGGGAAAUCUCAAUGCUCACAUCCUUCGGGUUCACAAUGCUCCCGAGGGUGAACCAACGUACGCGUGCUCGCAGUGUAGCUGUGUUUUUAAAAAAUUGGGCUCCCGUAAUGGGCAUAUGAAGAAGACGCACUCAACUCCUGCAGAUGAUCCCCCGACUUGUGAUAGCUCCACCGAAACACCUACAUCCAGUAUUAAAUUUCCAGACUCGACCGUGGACCAGUCAUCGAAGAACGACAUUCUCCAGCAGGCCCUGACUAACAGUGGCCUCACCUCGAAGGAGAAGCCCUCCGAUCCCCUGAAGAGGCCAGAAUCCCAAACAUCCUACGUUACCCUAGUGGACCGCACCCCCGAUGGUUCUCUCCGUAAAUACGUCACGAUAAAGCAAAGACGAAUAGGGGCAAUAAGAUGGUACGCGUGCUCCUUCUGUCACAAAGAAUUUAAAAAGCCCUCAGAUCUGAUUCGUCACUUGAGAGUGCACACCCAGGAGAAGCCCUUCAAGUGCUCCCACUGUCACAGAUCCUUUGCUCUCAAGUCCACGAUGAAGACCCACGAACGUACCCACUUUGGUACGAAAAAAUACUCGUGUGGAAUCUGUGGAAAAAUGUUCUCCUGUCACAGUAGCUUGACAGCCCACACGAGGACCCACACGAAGCCCCACAAGUGCGAUAUCUGUGACAUGUCAUUCAGCACGAGUACAGUUUUGAAGAGACAUUUGAAGGGCCACUCGAAGCAGAAGAACAAGUUGUGUCCGGAGGCUGAGAGACUUGUUCCUCAAAUUGUUCUUGAAGAGCCAUUGGUGAUCUCCGAUGCUGGGAAUAAAAUCAGUGUUGCACAGGUGCAGAGCAAGCAGAGGCAUGUUUACGGUGGUGAGGAGGAGGGUAAUAGGCCCCACAAGUGUUGGGUCUGUCCUGCUGCAUUUAGGAAAAUCAGUCAUCUCAAGCAGCAUUACAGGAGGCACACGGGGGAGAGACCUUAUAAAUGUUCUAAAUGCGACAGGAGAUUCACUUCUAACAGUGUUUUGAAAGCUCAUCUUCACACCCAUGAGGCAGCAAAGCCCUUCAGCUGUAACGUCUGCGACGCUUCGUUCUCGACUCAGAGCAGCCAGAAGAGGCACCUAGUGACUCACAGCAAUAAGAGGCCCUUCAUGUGCCCCUACUGUCACAAAACUUUCAAGACAUCCGUCAACUGCAGAAAGCACAUGAAGAUUCAUAAGAAUGAGCUGGCACAGCAGCAGUUGGAGAAGCAGAAGAAUAGACAGGAGGAGGUCAUCAAGGGAGAGUUAAAUCUUAGUGAGGAUCUCGUUGGAUUCCAGGGAAAUAUGAAUUCUGAUUUUGAACAGGCCUUCGCCGGAGGGCUGGAAGCCAUCGGGGAGAAGGGAGAGGCUGCCGGAAAUUUGCCACCACUCUCUCAAACUCUUCACGCCGAUGAAACUGGCACGAUUACCCUCCCAAAUUACACCGGAGAACAAACACUAACAGCAGAGAGCAUUCGUGAGCUGGAGGAGACUCUGAAUCAGCAGCUAUUCAGCAUUGGUUUGAAUGAUCUCCACCUGUCGGUUCUACCCCGUCAGGGAAACGAAUCCACCGAUCCUGCCCAGGCCCCAGUACUGAACAUAAUUUACGACAGCCAAAAGGUCCUGGAGGCACCUCCACCAGCCAUAAACUCAAGUAUAUUUGAAUCACCUCAUUUCGACACAUUUGACAUGAGUCAAAUAACACUCCAGUCGGAUGCGGAAAUUGACAUGGGUAUAAGUUCAGCAAAUUCCACGAGUAUGGCGAGCAUUCUUCCCAGAUCAGCACAAGAGGAGCAGAGAAUGAUUCCAGUGUCCUGUGGAACCAUCGACAAUCAGGUUAAGAGUCAUGGACAGUUGGUGGUAGUGUCAUCUAUACCACAGGGAUCAGAGGUCAUUCGACCAGUUCCAUCGUGUCCCAAGUAUCCAAAAAUCAUUGCAAAAGCUGACACCACUGAUACCAGUGGUCUCUUGAAUCUGGACAAUGAAUCAACUGUUGAUAAAUCGUGUGCUCUUUCCGGGCCCUUUCAAGCUGAUUCUGUCGGUCAACGUGUGGAGAGUCAUCUUUCAUCUCUCUUCACUACUCCAGAGGUGCCGAAACCUCAGGAAUCGUUGCUCCAGUGUCAUAUCUGCUUGAAAAAGGGAUUCACUGCUGCUGCAUUGAAGACUCAUCUGAGGAGCCAUCGGGGAUCCAGGGAAUUUCAGUGUCCUGAGUGCUCACUAAAAUUUUGUACGAACGGGGGAUUGACUCGACAUAUUAAAAUUCAUAAUAAACAGGAGGUGGCUUACAACUGUCCCAGGUGCGGGGAGACAUUCUCCAGUGAGGGGCAAUUGAAAUUACAUGUCAAGUGUCAUGAAACUAUUUCGUGGGAUCCAAUCACUUCUAUUGAACCUGAUAGUUCACAAAAGGAUCCCAUUGGGGUUGAUCCGGAUUUGUUGACGCUGAAAGGGAGGAGUGAUGCUACUGAUUCGUCAGUAUCUGAAAGAGUUCUGAUGGACUCCGUGGCCGAGUGCAACACAAUCAGGCCCCUGACGACCGUAGCCGACAAAGAAAAAAAGGAAUACAUGAACAAAUGUGAAUACUGCCCCAAGACGUUUCGUAAGCCCAGUGACUUAGUCCGCCACAUAAGAACCCAUACUGGUGAGCGUCCUUAUCAAUGCACUCACUGUGACAAGAGUUUCGCAGUCAAAUGCACCCUGGACUGUCACAUGAAGGUCCACGAGGGCAGCAAAUCUUUCUGCUGUCAUGUCUGCAACAGUCUCUUCGCGACAAAAGGAAGUUUGAAGGUCCACAUGAGAUUGCAUACUGGAUCGAAGCCCUUCAAGUGUCCAAUAUGCGACCAGAGGUUCAGGACGUCGGGACACAGGAAGGUUCACAUGGUGACACACACUAAAAGCACAGGAGAUAACGGCGGCAAACGACGAGGAAGACAGAAGAAAAAUCCGAAGGUUGAGGUACCUGAAGAGCCUGAAGAGACCAGCGUUAAAGUCAGUACUGGAGCCCAGUUGGAGCCAGACUAUCCCAACCUUGACACCAUCACCAUUGACACAAGUGGCAUUGGAGAUCAACUGACAUUCAACGCUGAUGGAACGAUUGUCAAUAAUAAUUCAGUUCUGUCUGUCAACGAGUCCAAUCAACUUGUCGCCAAUCUUCAAUUUUUACUGAGCAGUGGUCUCGUCACCAUCCAGACAGAUGAGUCUGCACUGCUACAUCUGAACGAUGGUAACAUCAGUCAGGAUAAUUUAAUCAAUCAGGAUGCCAACUUGAUCCCUCAGGAAACGAAUUUACUCAGUCAAAAUGGAAAUUUAAUUAGUGAAAGUCUAGAAGUGAAUGACAAUCUUAUGCUAUCGACGCAACUGGAGAUUCCUGGAGCCCAAGAGAAUCAGCUACAGCUGGACAACUGUAUGACUCUCGUGGAGAUGCCGCAGGAGACAAUGGAAGUCUCGAAUCAACGACUCCAGCCACCAGUGCAGAAGAGCAAAGGGAAGGCAUCCACGAAGAAGGAGUGUGACAUCUGUGGAAAGACUUUUAUGAAGCCCUGUCAGGUGGAGAGACACAAGAGGAUUCACACUGGGGAGAGGCCCUUCAAGUGUCAACUGUGUGAGAAAUCGUUUGCACAGAAGGUAACCCUGCAGAUGCAUCAGAAGCAUCACACUGGUGACAGACCCUAUUCCUGUCCUCACUGCGAUUAUUCUUUCACGCAAAAGGGAAAUCUGCAGACUCAUCUCCGGAGGGUUCAUCAGCUGGACACCAUCGAGGGAAAGAAACUGAGGAGAGGACAGCAGUUGAGUGCUAAAGUCACUCAGGAUGUUGAUAAUCAGAUCAAUGUUAACAGGCUACUGAGUCUGGAUGACAUCUCUCUGGUUGAAUUUCUGAAAUGAAGUUUGAAAAUCAAAUCGUUUGAUUUUUUUUUUUGUGAAAAUGUCAAAGCUGUAUAUAAUUUUUCUGUAUUCAGGAAAAUACUGGAAAUAUUUUUGUGGCUAGUUAAUGAUAGGAGAAAGUGCCAAUAGUAGAUAUAGCCAAUUAAUUUAAUGGAAUUUGUGAUAAUGUUUUUAUACUGCAUAAUGUGCUCGCUUUUUGUAAUCGGUGAAAUACUUUGUGUUCAUAUUUUCAAUUUUUUUGUAAAAAUUCUCAUCGUCUUGUACAAAUAAAUAAUCGAUUCUUCAAUUAUAAAUUGUGAGAAUUGGUAUUUACUAAUCAA